CUGGUCGUGUAACUUUUGAUGGUACACAAUAUAUUAAAUUAACUGACCAUAGUCAUGCACCAAAUCCAGACGAAAUAAUAGCUGCCGAAUUUAAAUCAAAGAUUAGUGAACGUGCAAUAACAUCACAAGAUCCACCUCGACGAAUUAUAAAUGAAGCAUUAUUAGAUGUUCAUAAAGAUGAUGGAACAGCUAUACCCAGUUGUACAGCAUCACAACGUACUAUUGAACGCAAACGUAAAAAAGAUGACAUACCAUUACCAAGACCAACAUCAUUCGAAAUAUAA